AUGGACCCGGAGCUUGAGGAGCGGUUGCGUCGGAUGAGCGAGAAGAUGAGUUUUGACCCAUAUAGCGACACAUCUUUUCGCAAUCCGCUCCACGCUGACGACGGCAGCAACGAUUCGCCACCACUAGACUCACCGAAUCCCCCUGACGGCCCCGACGACGACAACGAUCACCGCUGCUUCGACCCUGAAAAUGCUGAUGCAAAUGGAUUUCGACACGAGGAAGAUAAUGCACCACUACCUCCAGGAGCUGCAUGGUCUAGUUUUCCGUCCGGGAGGGCCCAUAAUUGGUCGGCGACGAAUAGCGGCGUGGCUGGGGCGACGAGGACCGAUGGCGCUGUGGUGACGGCGAGCGAGCAGGACGACUGCCAUCAAUGGAUACGUCAGAGGAGUAGGAGACGAGGUGUCGUCACCGGGAGCCAUGGCGGAAAGCAGGACGGUGCGGCUGCUGCGGAGCUCUGUGGCGAGGACGGGGAACGGCACCCUCCACCAAAAUGUUACGCGAACGAAGGAUUAAGGACUGGAAACUAUUCACAAGGUGCAUCUGAACAGCCAAUGGAUACCAUGCCCAUCGGAAUGGCGGUAACGACCAGUGCUUCUAAUGAAACAGCACAAUGGAAUACAGUCAACCACGUGAGGCACCUCUGACAGCAUAUGCAGUCGGUUGCGAUGGACUUAAUGAUUUCAUCAGCAUUUUCAUUGGGUGCAAACCUGUGAAUCUCUUUAUGAUGCAUGUGUGGAAAAGAAAGCCAAAACUCGUGUACAUACUCGCUUGAAAUAUUCAGGCAUGUCCCAAUGCCUGCAUGUGUGCCCACAUGCAGGCAUUUGUUAAUGUGAUCCCCACUAUCUCUUCCGGUAACAUUCUGGUGAAUCCACUACAGCCACCCUUUGGAAAAAUAGCAGAUGGCAAUUAUUUCAAGGUAAUUAGUUCUGCCAUACAGGAUAAAUUAGCAGUACUCUUGUGCAAUAAUCUGCCACGUUGCAAUGGUGGAGAGCAUAAAUCCCGCUAGGUGUAACACCAGUUUCAAUAUUAGCAAACGACCUUCUUGCAGCUUGACUUCAUGUGUGAUAUCUUUCGUGCAACGUCAGUGUUUAGAAUAAAAGCAU